UUCGACAUGGAGACGCCACAGUCGCUGCGACAGUGGCGCCGCCAGUCGCUUCUUGUUGCUGUUGAUGCUUCAGAGAUGGGGUGGUAGGCGUUUGCUGAAAAAAAAAUUCAAAUCAAUUUUGAAGUUUGCAAUAUCACCAUAAUAUUUGUUUUUCGGUUCGGAGAAUUACAGUAUUUAAGCGCAGUAAUAUUGUUUAAUUCGUCAUGAGAUAAAAGCAAGUUUCUCUGCGUAUUCUCAAUGACUCACUUUAUCCCAGGAUAUCUUUUGUUAACAAAAUUCUCGCAUUCUUUACCACAGGUGAUGCAGUGUAUUAACCGUUAUUAAAUUCAUCGUUAUUAAAUUUAUUUGGGUUCACCCGUCGUAAUCAAUUUAUCCAAGAAUAUUCGUCGGAGUUGAUCUGCAAUGUAUCGUACCUCGCCAAAAUUCCGUAGACUCGAGCAUUUGAUCGCAAACGAUGUGCCUGCACAAGCUGAAAUAUUAUCUUAUCUGGGUCCAUCGCUUGCCCAGAUUUUCAAUGAUUACAGUAACGAAACGACGAGGACACUUUUGGGGGUUACCCCACCGCUGAAAGGGCCUGUUGACAAAGAACUAUGGAUAUCACCGAGCGAUCGUCUCGUCGGAAAGGUGGCCUUCAAGCCUCCUUUGUCGGACAAGUACACGAAAGCAUGUACUCAUCAAGGAAUUUUAGGUUUCCCUUCAUUACUCUCAAACUUCAAUGCAUCGAUUUACAAUUUGAUUGGAACAACCAUUCAUUUAAUAAAAUUAUAUGUCGAGAUAGGCGAACAUGCAGCUUUGAAAUUUGAACAAGAUACAGAAAGCAAAAUCAGGCAGAAAUUAGAAGAGGAGAUGAAAGAAAUACGGAAAAUGUUUGAAGCGGAAAAACGUCGAGAUAUCGAAUUGAGCGUCGAGGAAACUCGAAACGAAUAUGAGAAGAAAAUUCAGCUCAUCGAAAAACAGGUGGCUCUUGAAAAAGCAGCCGAAAAAUCAUGGAAAGAAACGCAAAAAGCAAUUCUUCGUGAGCGAUGCACAGUUGAGUUGGAGAUGAUGAAAAAACUGAGAGACGAAGUCGGUAACGUAGUGUCUUUAUUAAACGACGAAUUUCAAUUGGCGUUUCAAGCUCAGAGAGACAAUAUGGUAGCGGAUUUCAAUGCAAUUAUGAGACACGAGCGUAAAAUAGACGACGCACGACUUCGUUUUCAUCAGUUGAAAAAAGCCGAAGAACUAAAUGCGCAACACUAUCAAUAUCAGGCUCAAAAAAUUUCGGACAUCGCGAUUAUCGUAUGUACUGAGAGAAUGCGUUGCAGGUCCGAGAUGCAAGCGAUGCGUCAGUGUUUCGAACAACAAAUAGCAGCUUUGCAAAAAUUGGUGAUCGAAGCGCCCGAAAACAUCGAAGAAAGUGAGGUUAUGAACGAGCCGGAAGCGGAUCGCGAGAUUCCGAAUAGAAGUGACGAUGACCCGAAACUAUUUCAAGUCGUCGAAGUUCUCGAUCACAAUGGAAAUUUAUGGCGACCCAUUUUCCUCGAGCCAGAAGUUCCGAGGCUCAAUUGUGCGAAUGAAGAGCCAACUUUGCCUUUCGUGUCUUCAGCAGUAAAUUUCUUUCCUCCGGACCAGUAUACAGCGACCGAUCGAGUUUCUCAAUCGUCAGCACAAACUUUGCACAGUUACGACAGUCUACCAUUUUGUUAUUACAAAGACAAAUUGUACGUGCGUUCGGAUUAUCGAGAAAAGAGUAGUGCAAAAAAGCCUGUUAUCGAAGAGAAAAAAGUGUCGGACAACGAAAUUCCUCGAGUCGCAAGUUUUGUUAUGGAGCUCAAAAAAUCGAAAUCUUGUCCUCGAAAAUGAACGAAAAAUAUCGUCAAACGUAUACGAACGUACUCAUAUUUUCAUUAGUAGUUGAAAUCCAAACCGAUCCGAAAACCCACAAAAUGGUUAUACACGAAGUAUAAUAAGAGUCAACGACAUUCAUAGUUCGUAUAAACUUUAUUUUUCGCCAAUAUUUUUACAUUGACGAUAAUAAAUAAAAUACAAGUAGGCCUAUCUGCAUUACGGGUACAAUUGUACGUAUAAAAUAAUAAUAAAAACAAUUGACAUCAAAUCGACUGGUGGCGAAUAAAGGUGAGAAUUUCGUAUUUUUCUCUUUUUCAAUUAUAAAAAAAAAAAACAAGUUACAUACA